CGGAUCGGGGUUUGUCAAAUAGGCAAUAAUAAAAUUUCCCUCAUAUUUCAGUUGCUGAAUUUUUCGAUAAUUAUUUGCACACACACACACACAUACCCACAGAGACAAAGGCAACAACUUUGUUUUGGGAAUCAAAAUUUUUGGUGUACUGCCACAAGGAUUCCGGCGAUGGAUGUCCUAUCCAUUAAUCAGCAGGUGUACAUACGUCGCUCCGAUGGUCGGAUUCAUCAGGCUGGGAUCAUCAAAUUGGAUGGCAGCUCUAAUAAAAUUGUGACUGUGGAAUGGAACGAGGGCGUAAUAACACGCGGCAAGGAGAUACCGCUAAAUACGAUAAUAAAGCUCAAUCCGCAGAUCUACGAUGCAUCAUCAAUUAUACACACUGCCACAGCUCAUACCAAUAUACUAGCAUCUAUACCGCCGCGGCCGGCCCGUCCACAGCACUUUUCAUUGGGCGUUAAUGGCGUUGUGGUGCCACGACUAACAGCCGGCAAUGGCGCCUUGUCAGCCGUGGUCACUGCGACGGCGCGCCAAGUGCCCGAAUCUGCAAGGGACGACGUUGUCGUGGAGAUUGAGCGCCUGCGGGCGAGACGCGAGCAACGCCGUCAGCUGCACGAUGAGACACGUGCGCGGCGUCAGUCGUUUCAGGACGCGGAUCCGGGCAAUCCAAACUGGGAGAUCGCACGCAUGAUACGUAUACAUCGAGUGCAAAUGAACUUCCAGCCGCAAGAGAGUCUGGCACGCUGCCCGCCCAAGGAACAUCAGAUAAUGGUGUGUGUGCGCAAACGUCCGCUGAAUCGACGGGAGCUGGCCAUGUACGAACCGGACGUGAUUAGUGUACCCAAUAGGGAGCUGCUUGUGGUUCAUGAACCGCGCAAACAGGUCAAUCUGACCAAGUUUCUGGAGCACCACAACUUUCGUUUCGACUACACAUUCGACGAACACUGCACUAAUGCCCAAGUCUAUGAGCGAACGGCACGUCCGCUGGUGCGCCACAUCUUCGAGGGUGGCAUGGCCACCUGUUUUGCUUACGGCCAGACAGGCAGUGGCAAGACGCACACUAUGGGCGGUGUAUUUACGGGCAAGCAGCAGAACUGUCGCGAUGGCAUCUAUGCCAUGGCUGCCGGCGAUGUCUUUGCAUGCCUGCAGCUGCCCAACUAUGCAUGCUUGGGUCUAAGUGUGAGCUGCAGCUUCUUCGAACUAUAUGGCAGCAGGGUGUACGAUCUGCUGAUGCCAGGUAAGCCGCAGCUACGUGUACUCGAGGAUGGCCAGCAGAAAGUGCAAGUUGUGGGACUUACCGAACAGGCCGUGGCCAAUACCAACGAUGUACUGAAGUUACUGGAGCUAGGCAACAGUGUGCGCACCUCCGGCCAUACUUCGGCCAACUCCAAAUCAUCGCGCUCGCAUGCAGUGUUUCAGAUUGUGUUGCGCAUUGGAGAGAAGAAGCGGCUGCGUGGAAAAUUCUCGCUCAUCGACUUGGCUGGCAAUGAGCGUGGUGCGGACAAUUGCUGCGCUGAUCGGCAAACGCGACUUGAGGGCGCUGAGAUCAACAAAUCGUUGCUGGCACUCAAGGAGUGCAUACGGGCGUUGGGUCGCCAGUCACCACAUCUGCCUUUUCGCGGCUCCAAGUUGACACAGGUGCUGCGUGAUUCGUUUAUUGGCGGUAAGAAGGUUAGAACAUGUAUGAUAGCCAUGAUCUCGCCAGGCUUGCAUUCCGUCGAGCAUACGCUUAAUACGCUGCGUUACGCGGAUCGGGUCAAGGAAUUGACGGCACAGCCUUUGGCCAAGGGCAAAUUAAGGCCUGUGCUCGAGGCUGACAGCUUGCCGAUCGGCCAGACCAACUCGCUGCCAGACAUUACCAGCCAGGCCAACCAGGUUAGUCGAGUCUCCUCAAGCGCUUCAUUACCUGGCGUGGAAAGCCGUGUCAGUCAAGUUCGCAACCUCUGGAAAACGUACACUGUCAACAGUGCUCUAGAGGACGAUAAUCUGGCGUACUUCAACGAGGCCAUCGAUAACUAUGAUCAACCUACCAAAAAGACUGCCACUACAGGGCCUUAAUAGAAGUUAAAUUGGGAUGUAAGCGCAGCUGCCAAUAAAUUUAGCUAAUCACAUUGUUACCGCAAUUUGAACAACACAAAAUACAAAUGUGCCACUCUCAGAAACAUUAACCCAACACAGAAGGAACAAAAUUUUGUAAAUCAGUAAAUUAAAAUAUGGCUAACUUU